AGCUCCUCCCUCCACCUCGCUCUUCUCCAAAUCCCCUGCUUUCUUCCACGUCUCUCUUCCUCUCCAUUGCCAUCCCUCCAUCCUGCUUGGUCAAUCUUUCAGGCGGGCUGAGACGCGGCGCGGAUACACCCUCCCCGUGAGUGUGUCAGCCUGCGUACACGUGUGGCUUCGCAGCUGACGGCGAGGACUCAUGAAGUGGUCUGGACUCGGAUAUCACAGCCUCCUUCCUGUGCAUGUGCACCACCUUUUACUUACAUCCUUCCAUUAGAGCAUCUCCUUUUCCUUCUCUUUGGCGAGACUUCUUCUCCAUGGAACCUUCAGUCCGUUCCUCAGCAUAUUGGAUUUAAUGAGCAGGCUCUGUGAAUGGAAACAAGCAAUCUGUGGAUUUCUUCUUCUUUGCAGCUCUGGUGGCUGAUGGACUGAAGAGGCAAAGCUGUGACGGCAUGUGGAUUAGGCGGACAAAGUACCCAGUUCACAACUUCAGCCUUCUGCUUUCUGCACAGUAGGAAGGUUCAGCAGAUCUUCGGAAACACCAGGCCAGCAGUUCCUGCCUGUGAGUAGUAUUCAGGUAACCGAUAAGAUGGCAGCCAGGGAAGCGACUGGGCACAGCUACCUGGUGGCUUGCUGGCGGCCCAUUCUGAUCCUGAUGCUGGGAACUGUACUGUCUGGCUCCACCAUAGACUGCCCAUCCCGAUGUGAAUGCAAUUCUCAAGAUCACUCAGUGUUGUGCCACCGCAAGAAGCUUAUGUCAGUUCCUGAGGGCAUUCCCCCUGACACAAGACUGCUGGACCUCAGCAAGAACCGCAUCAGAACCAUCAACCCUGAUGAGUUUGCCAACUUUCUCAGCCUUGAACACCUGGAACUCAGUGAGAACACUAUCUCUACUAUUGAACCUGGAGCGUUCAACAACCUUCCCGGUUUGCGGACAUUGGGGUUGCGUAGCAACAAGCUUAAGCUGAUCCAGUUGGGUGUUUUUACUGGCCUGAGCAAUCUCACAGAGCUGGACAUAAGUGAGAACAAGAUUGUAAUCCUGUUGGACUACAUGUUCCAGGAUUUGUACAACCUUCGGUCUUUGGAAGUAGGGGACAAUGACUUGGUUUUCAUCUCCCACAGGGCUUUUCAUGGCCUUAGUGGCCUUGAGCACCUGAGUCUUGAGAAGUGCAACUUGUCCUCUGUGCCAACUGAGGCUUUUACCCACCUUCACAAUCUGAUCACUCUCAGGCUGCGCCAUCUCAAUAUCAACAUCAUACGGGAUUACUCUUUCAAACGGCUCUAUCGGCUUAAAGUGCUGGAAAUAGCCAACUGGCCAUACUUGGAUACAAUGACCCCAAAUUGCUUGUAUGGAUUAAAUUUGACCUCUCUGACCAUUGCCAGCGCUAACCUGACCACGAUCCCUUAUGUGGCCCUGCGGCACUUGGUUUACUUGCGCUUUCUGAAUCUUUCCUAUAACCCUAUUCAUACCAUAGAGGGGAAUAAGCUUCACGAUCUUCUGCGUCUACAAGAAUUCCACCUGGUUGGAGGCAGACUGGCAAUGAUUGAGCCCUACUCCUUUCGUGGUCUGAACUACCUGAAAAUCCUAAAUGUGUCUGGGAACACUCUUAGCACAUUAGAAGAGUCAGCUUUCCACUCAGUUGGCAACCUGGAAACCCUUGCAUUCUAUGAUAAUCCUCUGGCCUGCGACUGCCGGCUCUUGUGGGUGUUUCGACGGCGUUGGCGACUUAACUUCAACAAGCAGCAGCCCACCUGUGCCUCCCCAGAGUUCGUCCAAGGCAAAGAGUUCAAGGAUUUCCCAGAACCUCUGCAGCCAAACUACUUCACCUGCCGCAAGUCUAGGAUUAGGGAUCGCAAACCUCAGCAGAAAUUUGUCGAUGAGGGAGCCAUUGUUCAUUUCGCUUGCCAAGCAGACGGAGAUCCGGCUCCAGUAAUUAUGUGGCUUUCGCCACAGAAAAAGUUCAUCACCACCAAAACAAUCGGAAGGUUAUCUGUGUUGCCAGAUGGUACCCUUGAGGUCCGCUACGCCCAGAUUCAAGAUAACGGCACUUAUGUAUGCAUAGCCAGCAAUGCAGGCGGAAAUGACACCUCACCCGCUCACCUUCACAUUCACAGUUACUCACCUGACUGGCCGCAACAACCCAACAAGACCUUUGCUUUCAUUUCCAAUCAGCCUGCCGAGACUGGUGCUAAUGGUACAAGAGCCAACGUCCCUUUCCCGUUUGAUAUAAAGACACUGAUCAUUGCAACCACCAUGGGUUUCAUCUCGUUUCUUGGUGUUGUCCUGUUUUGCCUGGUACUACUGUUUCUUUGGAGCAGAGGUAAAGGCAACACCAAACACAACAUUGAGAUUGAGUACGUGCCACGGAAAUCAGACGCCGGCAUGAGCAGCACCACAGUGGAUGCUCCUCGCAAGUUUAACAUGAAAAUGAUUUAAUAGACCUGUGGCAUAUGUGGAUUUGACUUUUAAAAUAGGACAAAUGGAGGAAAAAAGACAGUUUCUUUCCUCAACUGCAAACCUGUGGAUCAUGGUCUGUAAACAUAGAGUAAAGUUUUUUUUUUGUUUGUUUGUUUGUUUUCCUGGCUGUUGGACUUGGCAAGAGGGUGACUCCUGACUAUUCAAAAUUGGAAGGAAUGUAACCACACCCAGUGUUACAAGCCAUCGGUGGUUUCUACAGAGUCUGUGGGGGCAUUAAUUGAAUACCGGAUUUCAUAUUCACAAGAAGUAUAGGCUCUAUUGAAAUUUAGCAGGAAAUGAUGUAAAAAAAAACAAAAAGAUUUGAAAAAUCGGUUCAAGCGACUAGGGAGGGGUAGAUCUUAUUUGUAUCACUGCUGUUUUUUGUCUUUUCUUAUUUUUUUAUUUCUUUUAAAAGCUAAAUGUUACAAAUGCGAUUUGUAAAAGUUAUUGCAUUUCAAGGACAUUUUUAUUACAUUACAUAUUUGUUUCAACUGUGAAUACAACUGUUUGUUUUCUUACAGUCAUAAAUUUUGUUCAGCAAUCCAUCCAGUGUGCAUUUUUGUUACAACACGUUUAGAAGACAUUCCCCAGAAAUCAAAACAACUGCACAGUCUAAAUGAACUUUGAUAAAUCUAAAAACUGUGUUUGGAAUUUAAGAGAAAGCAGAUCAUUUAUGCUUUAUAGCGGGGGUGUCAAGCUCAUUUUAGUUCGGGGGCCACAUUCAACCCAUCUGAUUUGUAGUGGGCCGGACCAGAAAAAUAAUAGCACGAUAAACUAUGGUCAACUUAUCUGUAGCUUUGUUUUCAUUUUGUUUUUUUCUCUGUUGGAAAAAAAAUGCCUUAACCAACAUAGUAGCCUAAUCACUUAUUACCCAUUCAUUCACACAGACCAAUGCAUUUCAAAUUGAAUGCAUUUACACAAAAAAAUUGUUUAUUCCAUUUUAUACUGAAUAUUGUACAUAUGACAUUGAACCAUUUCCGAUAGUAAACUCAACAGAGGGCUAUGGAAAAAAAAUAAUAAACACUCUGCCUAAAAUAUAAAAAAAAUAUAUACAUAUCAAUGAAAAUUAAACUAAAUUUAACUGCAUCUUGCCCAGAUGUGGCACACGCUUGCAAAGAUAUGAUGCUUAUUUCUUCAUUUCUUGCUAUACUGGUCUUGCUUUUCCUUUGCUGCCCCUAGUGGCAGAAUUGCGCAUUUCGGUCAAAUCUUUAAAGACUCAUAACUUGCCAAAGAAAUAGGCAAGGAACUUGUUUUUUUUUUUUUUCUUCAACAUCUUCUUCAUAGCUGGGCCGGAUUCAACCAUCUGGUCGGCCGAAUGUGGCCCACAGGCCGGAUGUUUGACACCCUUGCUUUACAGGCUGUAAAACAGCCUUAUAUGACUUAAAAUCUUAAUGAUGACCAACUAAGUAAUGUUUUUAAAAAAUUUCCUCUAAAUUCUUUAUGGCACAAAAAAAUCAUAUAUCAAAAAAAUUGCACUUUAGAAAAGCACAUCAUUUUUAUAAAAAAUAUCUACUUUCAGCUUUCCGGCAUCUUUUCAGGCCUAUUUUUCAACCUUGAAAUAAUAGAAGUUGAAUGAAAGACAGAUGGACCAAAGGCUCACUAGUAAAAAAAUGAAUCUGCUGUUUUUAGUUUGAAGAUAAACUCAAGUACAAGUAAAGGUUUAGACAUAAAAAAAUAACAAAAAUCCCAGCAAAUUACUGUAAACUUAUAGAAGCAGUGUUUUACGUAGAUUGUGGUCCAAUUCUCGCUGUAGUGUGGGUAAGCACAGGCAUAAAAACUGCAUCCCUAUAGUGCAUUCAUACACUAAAUUUCUUCUUCUUUUUCUUUUGCAUUUUAGUCGCUAUAAUAAAAAAGGCUUUUUGGGGUUUUCAAAAUGAUUGUAAGGAAGAAAGGAUGUGGCUUUUCUGUUUUCUGAAAAUGAUAUUCGCUCCUCUAUUUUCAUGUUUGUCAUGACAGUUACCCCUCUUUUAUUAAAAUUCAUGAAAAUGUGAAAGUCUUACUCAUUUGCAGGUUUGCUUCUCUUCUAAAAUGUACUGUUUGUCAAGAGGAGGAAAAAAGAACUGCUCCAAAUUCUGCUCCUGCAUCCAAAAAAAAAAGAAGAGAAGAAAAAUGUGAGUUUGUGGCGUUAACUUUCCAAGCACACACUAUGGACAGCUGGGCUUCGCGAAAGUGUGUGAGGAUUAAGUUAUUUAUGAUGGAUGACAUUGCAGAUGACGACAAAGAAAUGGCUGGAAGUACGGACAGAAUCUACAGAUGGCUGGAGUGACACAGAUGGUUUCACCAAUAGAGAAAUCCGAAGCAGCUUUGGUGUAAUCCGUUUUGCAUAAAGAGAAGAAGAAAAAAGAAAACAGUGGAUACGACUCAUGGUUCUCCCUCUUGCUAAUAAUGAAUGCUCUUUGUUCAAAGUGUGGCUACUGUACCUAGCCUUUUCUUCCCCUCUUUCUUCUUCUUUUUUUAAUCCCAAGUGGUCCACAAUUCUGUUUUUGAUUUGAAUUAUUCCCUCUGUUUCAUUUUCACCCUGGACAAUAUCAAACAUGUAUAGUCCAAGCCAACUUUUUACAAAACAAAAAAAAGCAAAUCUAUGGAAAAAAAAAAUACAUUCAAAUUGUCCUGUGCAAUAAAGGUAAUAUGCAGAUUUCUUUUUUUUUAAUUAACAAAAUUUUGUUGAUGUUGAAUUGUUGAGAAUAUGGUAUGUUGUAUUAAACAAUCUAUGGACUUUUUUAAACAUG